CUGAGCUGCACCGAGGCAGGAACCCGUUUUCCGCGUCCCAGGCUGCCCUGGGAAUGUUUUCAGUCGGCACAAACAUGGCUGCGGCCCUGCGAGCGGCCGGCGUCCUCCUCCUCCGCGAUCGGCGUAAAGACAAAAAAUUGAGAGGGAGGAGGAAGUAGAGAGGGACAGAGAGACAUCUGAAACCUACUUCAUCACUUGUGAAGCUUUCCGCCAGCUGGUGGGGACCAGGGGCUUGAACCUGGGCCCUUGUACACUAUAAUUGGCGCAGGACAGCUCGAGGGCCGCGCAGGCAUGGAGGUGCCAGUCAGGUGUGAGCAUGGCAGCCGCAGCUGCAGAAACUGCCCAGCGAGUCAGAAGCCCGAAACCUCAAGAACAGCCGGAAAAGAGUAGAAACCCCAGAACUGGAAUAUUAAUGCUAAACAUGGGCGGCCCUGAAACCCUUGAAGACGUUCACGACUUCCUUCUGAGGCUCUUCCUGGACCGGGACCUCAUGACGCUUCCUUUUCAGAAUAAGCUGGCACCCAUCAUCGCCAAACGCCGGACCCCCAAAAUUCAAGAGUUAUACAACAAGAUUGGAGGCGGCUCACCCAUCAAGAAGUGGACCUCCAUGCAAGGAGAAGGCAUGGUGAAGCUGCUGGAUGACUUGUCCCCUGACACAGCCCCUCACAAAUACUAUAUUGGAUUCCGGUAUGUCCAUCCGCUCACAGAAGAAGCAAUUGAAGAGAUGGAGAGAGAUGGGCUUGAAAGGGCGAUCGCGUUCACUCAGUACCCCCAGUAUAGCUGCUCCACCACAGGCAGCAGCUUGAAUGCCAUUUACAGAUACUAUCGCCACGUGGGAAAGAAGCCCGCCAUGAAGUGGAGCAUCAUUGACAGGUGGCCCACACACCCCCUCCUCAUUCAGUGCUUUGCAAACAACAUUCGGAAAGAACUGGACUACUUCCCACCUGAGAAGAGAGGCGACGUGGUCAUUCUCUUUUCUGCUCACUCACUGCCAAUGACUGUGGUCAACAGAGGGGACCCCUAUCCUCAAGAGGUGGGCGCCACCGUGCAGAGAGUCAUGGAUGUGCUGGGCUUCUCCAACCCCUACCGCCUGGUGUGGCAGUCCAAGGUUGGGCCGAUGCCCUGGCUGGGUCCUCAGACUGAAGAGACCGUCAGAGGGCUGUGUAAGAGGGGCAGGAAGAACAUUCUCCUGGUUCCGAUAGCGUUUACCAGUGACCACAUCGAAACGCUCUACGAACUGGACAUUGAGUGCUCUCAGACCCUGGCCAGCGAGUGCGGAGCUGAAAACAUCAGAAGAGCAGAGUCUCUUAAUGGAAAUCCAUUGUUCUCUAAGGCCCUGGCCGACUUGGUGCACUCCCAUAUCCAGUCAGACGAGCUGUGCUCCAAGCAGUUGACUCUGAGUUGUCCGCUCUGUGUAAAUCCUGUCUGCAGGGAGACUAAAUCCUUCUUCACCAACCAGCAGCUGUGACCCCUCCGCUGGGACCCCACGGGAUUAGGCAGAUGCCCAGUCUCCAGAAGUCUCUGAUGUCGAAGACAACAUGCUUAGAGGUCCAGGAAGCAAGUGCCAUUAGUCUGUGGACAGCCUUUGGGUACAAAUCCUGUAAUUUUUUUUUUUUUUUGGAGGCACAAACUUUCAAGACCUUAUGGAGUGUUUUCUAUUUUUAUAUGUGGAUACAGUAAGCAUUUAUGCCCUUUCCCUGCGUAAAGCCUAGCUACUUUGGAAGAUCCAUGAAGCUAUUAAAAAAAAAAAAGCUUUGAAAAUGUAUCCUAGGAGAUGCACAUAAAGUAUUUUUUUUAAAUAGCUUUUGUUUUACUGCCUAAAAUACCUCCUGCAAGGCAUGGAGAGAGUGCCCCCUACAGGUCGUGAGUAUGAGAUCUGUUUGCCUUCUGGUCUUCGCUGUUUUUUGUUUUUUAAGUGAUCAUACUUAAAUCAGGGAGAUAGCAUUUGAAACAGAAAUGCCACCAAAUCCCUCCUGAAACCCACAAGUUAUGGGGGAGGUGAUGUGACUGUGACAGUGGCCUCACUGGCCAACAAUGUCACCUUGAAUUGGUGAUUUUGGUGCUUGUGUCUGAACCCCACUUCUCACCACAGAACCUAAUCACGGGCAGAUUCCAAAAGCACUUUGUGACUCCCCAGGCACAUAAGGCUGACAAACAGGCAGAAAUCCAGCCUUUGUGAGGCAUGCCUUGGUGGGAGGGGAGGGGAGAGGAGGGAGUGCCAAAUCUAAAGGUGGCUUGCAGGGGGGGCGAAUGGGGGGGGGUUGGGGGUGUCCCACUUCAGGAAACACCAAGGAUGGCUCCAUCUCUCAGUCUCCAGGAUCCCAGCCUUUCCUUGGAGCGCCUUGUCACCUGGGUUGAAUGUCUCCUUUCUGUACAUCUGAGUAAGCAUCUCACGAAAUCAGCUGUGCUUUAUUAACCUCGGAUCCUUUCUUAAUUGUUCAUUUUUUAUUACCAAAAACUAUGUCAUGGGAGAUUUGGAAAAUAAAGAGAAGUGAUCACUGAAAUGC